CUUUUGACAAAAGGAUGAAGUCUCUAUCUGUCAGGGAAGCCGAGAUAUUGCAAAAUAAAAAAGGUCUUCAACUUUUGAACAGCACUUUUUAUAUAAAAAUUAACCCGGUCCUGAAAGGGUUAAAUUACUAGAAAAUGUUGUUUUUGUAGUUUAAAUUCACAUAGGUAUGUCAUUUCUUUGUAUUUUAUAUUUUAUAGGCGGAGGUGAUGGUGGUGGCCGAGGCGGACGAGGAGGAGGAACACGUGGCGGUGGAGUCUAUGGUCGAGGCGGUGGCGGCGGUAGAGGAGGAGGACGAGGCAGAGGCGGCGGUAAGUUGUUUCGGAAACGAUGAUUAUAUUGAAUUUGUAGAUCAUCAAGUGACAAAUGCCAAAGCAACUUAAAAAUUUGAGCUGCACAACUGUGUUUCGAGUCAUUCUCAAAUGUUUCCACCCUAAAAUCUGGAAAACUUGCGUGUUUUUCGACGAGUCGAGAUCCUUCGUUGCAGAAGUCGGAAUACCUUUGGUUUGGGUAUUCGGAGAAGACUCUAAACGAUAAAAAUUUGUACCUAAUUAUACUGUUUCAUUUUAUACAUUUCUGUAGCGUUGUAAGAUGUUCCUUUAGCUAAGAAAAGAUUCAAGGACGAAGAGUUAGUUGUAGAAAUAUAACUGGAGAAUAAGAUGCAUCUUUUUUGAUCGGCUAUCGGUAGAACUGCAUCAUUAUAAAGUUUCUUGCUCGCGCAUAUGGAUGGAUGAUUGGAGAAAUAAAUUUAGUUUUGCAGCUUGAUUCUAUUUUAUCGGAAUCUAUCAAAUUUUUAAGUUGAAUGAAUAGGAGUUUUGAAUUUUUCCAUCGAAGAUUCACAGAAUUUCAUAACAAAAGCUUUUUCUGUUUGAGCUGAAUCGUUCAUAUAAGUCAGAGUAAAGGGGUGGACACAUUAGAAGACCCAGGGUCUUCUAAUGUGUCCUAUCAUUCACAAAUUUUAGGGAGGGUCUUCUAUUGUGUCCCUUAGAAAAGUCAUAUUUUUCGAUACCCCCGCAGUAAAACACACAGUUGAAAACUGCAGUAUUUUUCUUUACACAAUACAGUAAAUUACACACAAAAGGCUGUUAAUUUCACUCUUGUUCGACAACAAAAAAAGAAAAAAUACAUUUACUUAUUUUUCCACACAUCUUUUAAAAGCAACGGUUUAUUUUGAUUUUUGAUUACAACUCUAGUGAACUUCUUGUAACCAAGACCUUGACUUCUUGAAGUUUUUCAGUAGGAUCUUGAUUAAGAAAAUAUAGAAAUUCAAGGAAUUUCAAGUAGUUAAGAUCUUGAACAUCUUGUAAUCUCUUGACUUCUUGUACCAAUACCUUGAAAAUUCUUGAAUCAUCGUUUUGUUUUUACACUCUUGUAUAAAUAUGACUGCGGAUAUUUUAACAGUUAGAAUAACUGCGAAUUUUUUUCCUUCUUGAACAUAGUUAUUUAAGGAAGAAUGUAUGACUCUGUAUGGUCAUACAUGUACAAAAUAUGCUGAGAGGUUACACAGGCUUUUAAUAAUGUAUUUUGUUUACUUUUUUAUAUUUUUAAAUUUUUAGUUUUAGGUUAUCACAGGGUAUCCACGGAUGCCACAAGUCUCUUGUUCUUUUUUG